UCAGUCUCUCCUUGUUAUAGUUUUUGUUGUCUGUCCUCCGAGGUGAAGGGAGUGUACCUCAACAGGCAGACUCUGCUAAUCGAGCGCCGAUCGCGCAGCAGAAGAGCUCCAAGAUGGCGCAGGCAAUAUUUGAAGUGCUUGAAGGCAUGGACAACCAGACAGUCCUGGCGGUCCAGUCUCUGCUGGAUGGCCAAGGCGGAGUUCCUGACCCAAACAACCAGAAUGUCUCUGGGACGUCCACCAUCCAGUCUAUGGACGACGAGGACGUGUUUCUGUGCGGGAAGUGUAAGAAACAGUUCAACUCUCUCCCGGCCUUCAUGACUCACAAGAGGGAGCAGUGCCAGUCUAGCGCCCCCUCCCUGUCCACAGUGUCCUUGGCCUCCACGAACGCGUACACCCCCGUGCCCUCCAUCAGCUCCGUACCACAGACUCCCGCAAACAGACAGGUAUCGACCUACAUCACGGUCCCUCCCUCUCCGCUGACACACACUCUGGUCCAGGGCAAUGUGCUGGUCAGCGACGAUGUUCUCAUGUCGGCAAUCUCAGCUUUCACCUCCAUCGACCAGCCCAUGGCCAGCAUGCAGGCGCCCAUACAGAGUAACCUGAGCAUGCACACAGCUGGUGUGUCUUACCUGCAGCACCAUCAUCACCACCACCACCAUCAUCACCAGCAGCAGCAGCAGCACCAGCAGCACGCCUCCCACCCCCUGCCCUCCAGUCAGACACAAGCCCACCCCCUGCCGACUGGACAGCCGCAGCAGCAGCAGCAGCAACAGCCGCUCUCUUCACAGGUGCCAUCCAGCCACAGUAACUCUGUGGUGCAGGUGUACAGCACGCUGCCCCACAUGGCCGGCGGUGGCGGUGCAGAGAUCCACACCCUCGGACUGCAACCUUUUCACCCUGUACAAGUUCCCAGUCAGUGUGUGGAGAGCCAGUCGUUCACCACCCCUCCCGUAUACAGUCCUGGGAAACAAUGCACCAAAACAAAGAUCUGCAGCAUCACCACCAACCUGACGGAACUCGGCGACUUUGAGAAGGUCAUCAUUCCCAAACGGCCGAGGAGCAGCAAAAAAAGCCCUGAUGGAGCCAACGCAGAGCAGCUGAAAGGAAAAGGACCGAAGCUGAAGUGCAACUUCUGCGACAAAAUCUUCUCCAAAAACUUUGAUCUUCAGCAGCACAUUAGAAGUCACACGGGAGAGAAACCGUUUCAGUGCAUCGUCUGUGGACGAGCCUUUGCUCAGAAGUCCAACGUGAAGAAACACAUGCAGACACACAAGGUUUGGCCGAUGGGUGUAGCCAGCACAGUGUCAAGAUUACCGAUCACAGUGAAAGUGGUACCAGUGUCAUCCAAUGAGGAAGAGGGAGGCGGAGACCAUCAUCAUCAUCAUCAGCAGCAUCAGAGCGAAUCUGAGGAGAUGGAGGCGUCUCAGCAGCAGAACAUUCAAACACAAGCAGACGAAGAAGCAGCUCAGACAGAAGCUCCGGGGGAGUUGGAGGAGAGCGCCGCCGAGGAUUGUGCUGGUCUGGAGGGCAGCCGGGGGGAACCCGUUCAGAGCGGGCCUCCUCAGCUGCUGCAGCAGCAGGUGCAGUCCAACCAGAACCAGCAGUGCCAGGCUCAGACCAAACAGGUAGUAGUCGUGGUCGACAGCUCCUAUCAGUGCCAGUUCUGUGCCAGCAAGUUCAAAACCUACUUCCAGCUCAAGUCCCACCUGACGCAGCACAAAGGGGAGCAGGUUUAUAAAUGUGUGCUGAAGUCCUGCUCUCAGACCUUCCACAAGUUGGAUCAGUUCCUGGAGCACAUCAGGACGCACCAGGAGCAGCUGACCUAUCGCUGCCACCUCUGCAGUAAGGUGUUCCCCUCGCUCUUUGAGCUGGGAGUGCACCAGUACUCCCACUGCUUCUGCCCACAGCAGAACACGCGCAAAGAAACCGCCAUCUACAGGUGUGUGAAGUGUCAGAGCAGAUAUUCUACCCAGGAAGCACUGGAGCAACAUCUACUGACUGCCUCACACAACUAUCCCUGUCCACACUGUCAGAAGGUCUUCCCUUGUGAAAGAUACUUCAGACGCCACCUCCCCACACACGGCAUUGGCGGGAGGUUCAAGUGUCAGAUCUGCAAGAAGGCCUUCAAGACGGAGCACUACCUCAAACUGCACACGAGAAUUCACUCAGGUGAAAAGCCGUACAAAUGUUCCCUCUGUGAGGCGACGUUCAACCGGAAGGACAAAGUGAAACGACACAUGCUGAUCCAUGAACCUUUCAAGAAAUACAAGUGUCCCUUUAGGUCACAUGUAGGCUGCACCAAGGAAUUCAACAGACCAGACAAACUCAAAGCCCACAUCCUGUCACAUUCUGGUAUCAAACCCUACAAGUGUCUGUUCUGUCAGAAGGCGUUCAGCCGCAGGGCUCACAUGCUCGAGCAUCAGCAGUCCCACACAGAUAACUACCGCUUCAGAUGCUCCACCUGCAACAAGGGAUUCACCAGACAGAGUUAUUACAGAGAUCACAAAUGUCCCGCAGCGGGGAACGGGACGGGAGCUGAAGGAGGCACAGAAGAGGGGGAGGAGGACGAGGGUGAAGGAGUACCAACGAGUGGGGAAAAGGAUGAAGAGGAGGACGGCAGAAGAAGCAGGUUCAUGAGAAAAGCAAAAAGGACAGAGAGCGAGGAGGGAGACGGAGAGGAGGACGGCUUAAAGGAGCAGAUGGACACACACAGGGGGGAGGAGGAGGAGGAGGAUGAGGAGGAUGAUGAGGAGGAGGAAGAGGAGGGGGGGAACGAUGAGGGCUGUCAGGCUGCGAUGUCGAUCACACACACUGAAGGACAGACGGAAAGAGGGGAAGAGGAUGACGGCAUGGAACAGAGUCAACAGAUUCAGAGCAAUGACCAAAACUGUUUGCAGCAGUCAUGUUUGUAGUUUCAAGCAUCAUCUUGUAGGAAAGUUCCUGGACACGGACC